AUGUCUCCUAUCUCACCUGAAGAUGCAUCCGAAGAGUUUAUUCUAAGAGUUGCAAUGUCUUGUAAACUACAUCCAAGUAAAAACAAUGGUAUGUAUUCGUCAAACCCGAUUGUUAUGGCCAUUUAUGGUGCACGCAGAUAUUUGGCCUAUGCUAGAUUAACAGACAAAGUGUGGACUGAAGUUUUCUUCCCCAUUAUGGCCCCUUUUAUAGAGGAUAUUGCUUGCUAUAAAGGAAAAUUUUAUGCCCUCAAUGGCAGGGGAGAUCUAUUUGUGUGUGAUAUUGACGAUAAUUCUGAAACCCAAGGACGGGCCAAGGGAACAAAAAUUUUUUCCCGGCCAACUGACCUUGAUAUUGGCAUAAAUUAUGACAAUUCAAGAACCUACUUGGUUGAAUCAGAAUUUGGUUUUUGGUUAGUUGUGCGGGAAUUCAAAGCAAAAUAUUUUAAAGCACCUCAUAGGGCAAGAGUAAAAUACCGUACAUGUAACUUCACAUUAUGGAAGAUGGAACUGAAAUAUUCUGAUCAUCCCUCUGAAUUACCUUCAUGUACCUGCAUUCCAGAGAAUAACUUGGGCGACCAGGCAUUAUUCAUCGGCAGAGCUACAUGUCUAUCGCUACCAUCUUCGCAAUACAUAAGGCCUAACUGCAUCUACUUCACAGAUGACACGGAAGUGUCUUUUCACAAAGGAGGGGGACAUGAUAUGGGAAUUUUCAACAUGGAAACUCACACCAUAGAACCUUUUUUUCAGGGAAAAUCUAUACAUCCCAUCUCCCCCCCACUCUGGUAUAUUUGA